AUGAACAGUAAUAUUGCGAGAAAGAAACGUGAAAUAAUGAGACUGUACUUCUACGAGCCAGUUCGGUUCAAGGCUGGAGAUCAAAUAUUCUCUGAAGGACUCGUUGAAGGGUUCAGAAUCAACAUUUUAGAAGUUAUUGGCAAAGACAACCUUUACUCCGAUGGCCAAUACUUGUAUCCUCUUGGCCUUGCUGAUGACUUCAUCACUUUUGCUGACUUGAAGGUGAAGAAAAUCAAGAAUGGAAGCCUAACCAUGUUCUUCAUGUUCGGGUUCUUUAUGCAGGCUAUUGUCAUUGAAAAGAGCACCUAA